AUGCAUAAAUGCCCCUUGGUACCGAGGAAAUGUAGAAACGGCUCUCUUCAGAAACAAUGCGCCAUCCCAUGUCCGGAUUUCGUGGAACAAGCCACUGAUAUACCAGCUUCAUUUCUCCCAUACCAACAUGAGAAGAUCGCAAUAAGUUUUGCGGCGCGGCAUAAACGGUUGCGCGGUGUUAUUCCCCGGAUAUCAAAGAAUCUAUUAUACCGCCAGCAAUUAUCAUCCAAACCAGAAGGCGGCUAUUUUGACCCUGUCAAACACCGUAGUUCAUGCAGCCGCAAGCUGGUAAAUCCACUUUUCCCUUCAGGUUGCAACAUGGCCAGUGGGGAUAAUGUACCAUUUGCUUUUAGCUGA